AUGAGCCCUACCCUCUCCCCUCUCUCCUCCCUCACGGCUGCUUUACGGCCUCAGCGCUGGCGCUUUGGUGGCGCAGGUGGGGACACGCUGGAGCCCACCCAGGUGUCCCGGCUUCAGCCACACGUCCGGAGCGCGCAGGUCAGACAAGGCGUGUUGGGGCCAGCUGAAAAUGAACAUACAUCGCCCAAGUCUGGCCUGUUCUUCUUCAUCUCCAACGAGGGGAACCAAAACCUGUUUGUGGCCCAGGCCAACCUGUGGCUGUACUUCCGGGUGCUGCCUGGGGGCCCGGAGAAGGGCCUGCGGAGGAAGGUGACGGUGAAGAUCCACUACCAGGAGGCAGGGUCAUUGAGUGGAGGAGCUGAGGGGGGUCCAGGAGGAGGUGGAGGAGGGGGCUCUGGCCGCUGGGCUUUGGUGGAAAAGCGAGUGGACCUCAAGCGCAGCGGUUGGCACACCUUCCCUCUGUCCGAUGCAGUGAGGGCGGUGUUCGGCAAAGGCAGCCGGAGACAGGACCUGGAGGUGCACUGUGAUGGCUGUGAUACAGCCGGGGUAGCCCCCAUCCUGGUGGACCCCGGUGACCCCUCACAUCGACCUUUCCUGGUGGUGCGGGCCAAGCAGGUGGACGGGAAGCACCGCAUCCGAAAGAGAGGCCUGGAGUGUGACGGCACCAGUGGAGGACUGUGCUGUCGGCAACAGUUUUACAUAGACUUCCGCCUCAUUGGGUGGAACGACUGGAUCAUUGCCCCUGCUGGUUACUAUGGCAACUACUGUGAGGGGAGUUGCCCUGCCUACAUGGCUGGGGUACCAGGCUCCGUCUCGUCCUUCCACACUGCUGUAGUAAACCAGUACAGGAUGAGAGGCAUGAGCCCUGGCUCUGUUAACUCCUGCUGCAUUCCCACCAAACUCAGUACUAUGUCCAUGCUCUACUUUGACGAUGAGUACAACAUUGUCAAAAGGGAUGUGCCCAACAUGAUUGUUGAGGAGUGUGGCUGCGCCUGA